CUUGAUCAGUGUCAUAGUGGGAAAGCCAAAAAUGAAUGCGUCACCUAGACGCAUGAAGUGUGGAGCUGGUUGAAGAACCGGUAAGCGAUCGGACGGAGUAAAUCAACUGUGCAGUUUACCGAUACACGCCAUGCGAAUACUAGGAAUACUGUUCUUCUGCUUCUACGGCUUUUCGGUGGGGAGUGCUUGGGUGUUUCAAGUAGACAGUAUUCAUGAUGCACCCAGCACACCUAAUCACGGAAGGGACAAGUCUGAUGAAAUUCGUGUUGUUUACGAGGAUGUUCGAUCGCCUUGUCACUCGGAAGGCCGGGCAUCCCAGUGUAUGCCACCUUUCACAAAUAUAGCGGAAGGUGCCCCUGUGGUCGCCACAUCAACCUGUGGAGCGAGCGACAAAACGGAAAAGUUCUGUAAGCAACAAGCUGACGCUACAGGUCGCAUUCAGUGGCGUUGUGAGCAGUGCACAAGUGAAGAUAAAUUUCCCACCCAUCAUCUGACUGAUCGUCACCAAAUGGCUAACGAGACUUACUGGGUCUCGGGAGCGGUGUUGCGAGGACAAACCAUCAAUAUUACUCUUUCCUUGGGCAAGACCUUUGAGGUUUACUACGUCUCACUGCAACCAUAUGGAAAGCUCCCGGACGCCAUAGCGCUUUACAAGUCUUCAGAUUUUGGGAAAACAUGGCACCCAUGGCAAUACUUUUCAACCGAUUGCUUCCGCGCUUUUCGUCUGCCUACCAGUAAUGAACAUAAUGCACAAAUAUCGGCAGCUAAUAUUCAAGAGGUACUUUGUGUGGCACUCAAAUCCUCAGAGGAUAAUGAGCCCUAUGGUCGGUCAAUGAAAGUGAUUGCAUUCAGUACCACCAUUGGGCGUCCAUCAAGUCAACCCUGGAGUGCGGCCUUGGUUGAUUGGAUGACCAUGACCGAUCUUCGAGUUAGUCUUACCCGCUUUUCUGACCUAGCUGAUAUGACUCAACACGACGCAAGCGGUCUUUUGCUUACGCCAAACCUACUGUCACCAGCGAAAGUGUUCCGCGUUGGCGAGGUAGAAAAAAACAAAAUGUCAGCAGGCACACUGGGAAUGAGUCGACACCACUUUCAAUCCGACGCUGCCUCAUUCAUGCCCGAUAAGGGGAUGCAUUUCGCCUUUUCCGACUUAGCUAUCGGCGGGAGAUGCAAAUGUAACGGGCACUCGAAUCGGUGCGUUCGCGACCGUUUGGUGGACGCAGCAGGGAAAGAAACCGGAGAGUGGGGACCUCUGAGGUGUGACUGCCAACACAACACCGCUGGAAUCGAUUGUGAAAAGUGUGCACCUGGCUAUCUGGACCGUCCCUGGGCUCGAGCCACCAGGGAGUUGGCGAAUGAAUGCAAACGUAAGUUACUACUUUUAGUAGUUACCUAUCCUUGUCGGCUAUCGAACUCAUGUCGAAUGGGGUAAGCUGCGAUUGCAAUUUACACUCCUGGACAUGCGAGUUCUCGCAACAGAUCUAUUUGAUGUCCUCAAAGACUAGCGGUGGUGUUUGUCAAAACUGUCAACAUAACACGGUGGGAAGGCGGUGUCAUCAUUGUGCCAGUGGGUACUAUCGUGAUUGGACAAAACCGGUUAGCCACGAACAAGUGUGUCUCGAAUGCCGUUGUCAUCCCAUCGGGUCAAUUGCUAAUGAGCCUUGUGAUAGAAAAUCUGGUCAAUGUCCAUGCAAACCCGGUGUGAUUGGACAAGCUUGCAAUCGCUGUGAAGAAGGCUACAAACAGACACGACUGUCGGAUCAUCCUUGUGUACGAGUCAUGGAGCAUUUUGCUUACCGCAGAAAGACUGUCCCACCUCCUGUAGUGGCCUCUUCCCUCCACCAACCGAUCAACACAGAGCCGCACCCGAAAUGUCCACCCUGCAAGCCCCACAGAAGAAGGAUUCGGUUUAAGAAAUUUUGUCGAAGAGAAGCAGUGUUUAUGGGCAAAGUUGAAUCAUACCGCGCAGAAGGAGACAAGACCCGAUUCGAAAUACGCAUCAGAGAGACCUGGCGCGUGGACGGAGCUGCAGGACAUUUGUUGCCGAAGAAGCCCUCACACAGUUUACCGCCUUUCCCCGUGUGGAUACAAAGCCAGUUGAUUGGCGGUGACAACCGAAACCCAGCCAUCCGAUGCCUUUGUCCUGAACUGAAAACGGGCGAAUCCUAUCUUUUCUUUACACAGCCGUAUGAGAUUCCACACGGGAAUCGAAUGGAACUGAUGUUGGAUCCCAGCAGUAUUAUCAUUCCAUGGCGCGAAUCUUGGCGCCGACGACUGAACAAGUUUGUUCGAAGGGCUGCCAAAAACCGAUGUAACUUGAAUGUGAAUAGGGUCAAUAGUGGGGACUCGAUGCAGUCCAAACGGGCUCAAAAACUACAAUCAUCCGAUGGAUAUCCCGUCAACCAACUGGCCAAUGACAGCCCGUUAAAAUUCGCGCAAACAGCUGGACGAUUUUACAAACAACAGUAUGCGAAUAGAGGCCCACAAGGUUCGGAUCCUCAUACGGUCUACCAAAUGGAUACAGACCGUGGACUCUCCAGAACGUCUGCAACCGGGAUAAGUCAAACUCAAUUUACGUACUAUCACCCAUACGCCAGAUAUCCUCAUAAAACUAUCUAGACUGUGGGACAAAACUCCCGGUUUGUAUGUUGUUUCCGGUAAGAUUCGAAGUCAUCCGUUGGAGGCAAUAUACCACCCAGCGACUCACCUUGCCAUCACUCAACUGGCCCACGUACUAAUUAAUAUUGGGCAUUCUGUUUUUGUCGUUUUUCUUUGCACACAAAACAGACCAACAGUUUUCGAAUACGCCCAACGCAACAGGAAACAAUCAUUACACCCCUGUUUCUUCUCACAUAUAUACUCAGCAAGCCUCAUAUCUAGUCAAGGAAACGUAAGCAUAGUCUUAACUUGACCUUAGUAUGGAGUUUUUCGUUUUCAAUCCCCGUUCUCCCAUUGUUGCCAUCGUUGCUCCUGCCAAACAACCAUGAACCAUUGUUUUAUUCGACCUGUUUCCUCUUCAUCACUAAAAUGCCUAACUUACACCGCAACAUUAUUUUAUCCCACAAACUGAUACCACCGUUUGUGUUGUCAAUGUUGUACGCACGAAUGUAAACACACCUGAAAUUCCAAUACCUCCGCAUUUGAUUCAACAAGUCUCGGAAGCUCCAUCGUGUUUAAAGGAUACGUUUGGUAUACGGACGAUGAAGAACCAUCUUCCAGAGCCGUUAACCACGGCCGUUGUCGGUCAGACACAUGUCCAAUCCCAAAAGUGGAUAUGAGUAUUCUAGGUCACCUCAGGGCUCUUGAAACCGUUUUCA